AUGGCGAGGGCAGGACAUCCAUGGAAGUGGACAAUGGCUACCCUGAUGGCAAGCCUGGUUCUGGGGGUCUCAGAGCCUGUUCUUGCUGACGGUUUUUCCUCUUGUGACAACUCUGGCAACCGGCCCUCUGGGACUAACAGAGACCUCGGCAAGGAGUCCGAGUCAGGGGAGGACACCCGGUCAGACGGCAGCAGCUCUCGCAUUGUGAAUGGGUCAGAUUGCGAAAAGGAUGCGGAGCCAUGGCAGGGUGCUCUGCUGUUGGGACCCAACAAGCUGUACUGUGGGGCGGUGCUGAUCAACCCACAGUGGCUCCUCACAGCAGCGCACUGCAGAAAGCCUGUGUUCAGAAUCCGUCUGGGCCACCAUUCCAUGUCACCUGUCUACGAGUCUGGGCAGCAGAUGUUCCAGGGAAUUAAAUCCAUCCCCCACCCUGGUUACUCCCACCCUGGCCACUCCAAUGACCUCAUGCUCAUCAAAAUGAACAGAAAAAUCCGUGACUCUCACUCAGUGAAGCCCAUCAAAAUUGCCUCUGAGUGUCCUGCCGAGGGGACCAGGUGCACGGUGUCUGGCUGGGGGACAACAAGCAGCAGCCACAAUAACUUCCCCAAAGUCCUCCAGUGCCUGAAUGUCACUGUGCUGAGUGAGGAGAGGUGUAAAAACUCCUACCCGGGACAGAUAGACAAGACCAUGUUCUGUGCUGGUGAUGAAGAGGGUAGGGACUCCUGCCAGGGUGAUUCCGGGGGACCUGUGGUCUGCAAUGGCCAGCUGCAGGGCCUUGUAUCCUGGGGUGAUUUCCCCUGUGCCCAGCGGAACAGGCCAGGUGUCUACACCAACCUAUGUGAGUUCUCUGAGUGGGUUGAGGACACCAUCAAGUCCAACUCAUGA